AGAGAGAGAGAUCGCGCGUGCACACUUGGUGCCCGCGCCACGCCACGCGACGCGACCGAGACAGCCAGCCAGCCAGGCAGCAGAGCGGGAGAGCCCCAACUGCCGGCAGCAGGCCAGCAGCCGCGGGAGUAAGUCAAAACCGAGGCGGCGCGCGCGCGGCGGCGACGAGGAGGCGGAGGCCAGCGGGCGAAUGCGGGCCCCGCGAUCCCGGGCGCGCAGCGAUCCGUGACGGCGGCGGGCGGCAUGGGCGAGGCGACGGGCCGCCGCGGCCGCGUCGUCGACCUCUCGGGCGCCGAGAUCCGCGGGGACAUCGAGGGCCGCAACCCGCCCAUCUUCCUCCCGCGCCAGCCCGCCGCGUCCCCGCUCCUCGCCCUCGACAUCGGCGGGACUCUGAUCAAGCUGGUGUACACGGCGAGCUGCGGCGGAGGAGGCAGCGGCGAUGGCGACGGCGACGGCGACGGCGCGGAGCUGCGGUUCGCCAAGUUCGAGAGGCGCCGGCUCCAGGAGUGCUUCGACUUCGUCCGGGCGAAGGGGCUCCUCGGCUGCAACGGGACAAGGUCAAGCAAAGAAAACAUGCCGCUGAAGGCUACAGGCGGUGGAGCAUAUAAAUUUGCUGAUGAUUUCCGGGAGAAACUAGGUGUUUGUCUGGACAAGCUUGAUGAAAUGGAUAGCGUUGUUUCUGGAGCAAACUUUUUGUUGCAGAAUAUCCCUGGCGCAGCCUUCACACACAUGAAUGGACAGAGGAAUCCAGUAGAUGUUUCCCCAAACAACUUGUUUCCUUACCUACUUGUCAACAUUGGCUCAGGAGUUAGCAUACUGAAGGUCACUGGAAAUAGAAAGUUUGAAAGGGUAACUGGGACACACAUCGGUGGCGGUACCAUGUUUGGUUUAGCGAAACUUUUAACAGGCUGUAAGAGUUAUGAUGAAUUCUUGCAAUUAAGCCAGAAAGGGGACAACUUUGUCCUUGAUCUAAUUGUCAAGGAUAUAUGUGGAGAGCUUGUCUGCCAGAAGCAAGGACUUUCGAUGUCAACUCUUGCUUCUAGCUUUGGGAAAGUUAUUACUUCCAAAAAAAAGCUGACAGAUUAUAAGCCUGAAGACCUUGCAUCCACAUUGUUGAGCGCCUUCACUUACAACAUUGCACAGAUUGCUUUCCUUGUUGCAUCACUCCUGGGCCUCCGAAGGGUCUUCUUCGGUGGAUCAUAUAUACGUGGACACAAAAGCACAAUGGAAAACAUUUCUUUUGCAAUUGAUUUCUGGUCACAGAGCCAAAUGCAAGCAGUAUUCUUGCGACAUGAAGGGUAUUUGGGAGCGCUUGGUGCCUUAAUGAGUUAUGGGGAUCUCAGUGGUGAAAAUCUUACCCUUGAGGAAUCAAAGGAGAAGGAGCCUCAUCAUGAGGCAACAGCACCUGUUGAUGGUAUAUCAGCAGAUGAAGAGAAUGAUAGCAAUAUAUUUCCUUACCUUCUUGUUAAUAUCGGAUCAGGUGUCAGCAUGAUAGAGGUAAUUGGUAAGGGGAAGUUUGAAAGAAUUAUAGGAUCCCAUCUAGGUGGUGGUACUAUUCUUGGUCUUGCCAGGCUUUUGACUGGCUGUUCAAGUUAUGAAGAAUUCUUGGAGUUGAGCCAGAGGGGCAAUAAUUUGUCCGUUGAUUUGACUGUUGGAGACAUAUAUGGGGAAGAGGGUUAUCCGAAGAUUGGUCUUCCAGCAUCCACUACUGCGGCUAGCUUUGGAAAAGUGAACUCAAACAAACUAUCAGAUUAUAAAAUGGAGGAUCUUGCUGCUGCUCUAUUGAAUUCUUUCACUUACAACAUUGGGCAGAUAGCCUACUUUGUGGCUAAUCUUUCAGGCCUGAAGAGAAUUUUCUUCCGAGGUGCUUACGUCUGUGGCCAUGAAAAGACUAUGGACAAGAUCUCUCGUUCCCUAAAAUAUUGGUCCAAAGGUGAAGUCGAGACAACAUUUCUAUGUCACGAAGGGUUCUUGGGAACACUGGGUGCAUUUUGGAGUUAUGAGAACAUGGGAAUUGAUAGCUUGGCAGCACAUGAAGUUAUUAGGGAGGUCUUGCUUGGUGCACCAUACACUGGCCAAUUCCCAUCUUUACCUGUCACUGAACAACAGGAGAAUGGAGAAAAUAAUACACUUGAAGGGGAGGUGGAAAGCUUACGGCAUGAGAAUGCUGCGCUGAAGGCUGAGGUUGAGCGAUUACAAAGGGAGAAUGUGGAAUUGAGAGCUAAGCUGGGAGCUGCAACCUUGUGAAGCAAUAAAAUGCCAGCCUCCGCUUGUUGUAACCUGAUACAGUUCAGGAAAUGGCUCAAAAUGUAGCUCGUAUAGGAAGACUACAGUCUGGCAAAAAAGAAAUGCCAAUUAGCAUUACUCCUCUAGUGAGUCUGUUGUAUAAUUUUAUUCUUAAUCUUUACAAGAGCAUCUGUAUUUGCUCCCUUCAUGUAACCCUUUUCCUGUGUGUAAAUGUUGUAUAAGUAGUUAUCAAAACUAGUAAAUAUCAUAAAUGCCCGUUAGCAAAAUGAAACCCGGCAACUUGAGAUUGAUUUUCUA